GAAAUAUAACCUUAUAAAAAUCUCUUUAAAAAUUGUCUAAACUCCGUCACGAAUUAUCAGAGGUUCUUUUCUAAUCAUUCCUUUUUGAUUCUUUAGAUUCGUAUUAAAAUGAUUUUAAAUGGUUACUUACAGAGAGACUAAAACGUCUCACUCAAUCAUAUGCAGGGUGCAGGGGUCGGCAAAAUUUUUCGCGCCAUAUAGGUAAUGCAUACACUCACCUGUUGCAUCUGGAUUCGCCGAAAUUUGCUGAAUCAGCCAGACCUCGUCCAUUUCGCGUACUCGCUCGCGUAGCACACCUUGAUUCAUCUUAUGGAAGAUUUCUACAAUUGUUGCAAGUUGCGGUGAGACAAACAGUAAACAUCACAGUUAUCAACAGUGAGACUCUUCGUCGUACUACGUCACGCGGCGCUCGAACGCAAGAUGGCGCUGAGCGUAGUCGGCAGCGGAGCCAAUCGCCGGAGAGGUUAGGUUAGGUCAGGUUCCGUUUCUAUCUUUAUCCUUCCUUUCCCGCUUCUCACUCCUCGUUCCUCUGUUUAUCUCUCCCUCUCCCUGCGGUCUACCCCUUCCUCUCUAUUUUGUAUCUAGCUGAACAUGGACUGUGGACUACAUGAGUCAACGUGAGCGUCGCGAGCACGUCGUCUCGGUCGGUUCCUCCAGACUCCUCGCAGCUCCUCGAUCGGCCACAGUGAAUGCAGUAAAGGAUCGCAGACUGAUAAAUGGACAGGUUGUCCUUGGGAACGGACAUCGCUGUACUUUGUGGCCACACGAGGAGUGCGUGAUAGCGUCAUUCGGAGUGUGCAUGCGUGCGUGCGUGACCGUUCCUUUGUGCGUGAAGCUCAAUCCGUUCAACCGCGGACAGUGCAGCGAUACCUUCGAUUUGUCCCCUCGCCUCUGGCCCGCCGACCAACUGCUUUCUCGUUCGCAGCCAAAAUGAAGUGCACCACGUUCACUGCUGUAACGUUGAUUCUAGGUAUCGUUGGGUGUACGUAUUCGCAAGAAAAUUCACCAUCUACCGACGAUGUGUUGCAACAAGUCAGCAAUAUAGUGGGCGACAUCCCAGAAUUAAAAAACGUAAACACAUCGGCGCUGCCCAGCAUCGAGGAAGCCAAAAAUCUUUUUAAAGACAAGUGCACAAAGAACGGCGGACCAAAUGCAUUCGACAAUGUCCAACACGCCCAAGCUGAAAUGGUGCAGUGCAUUCAGACGCUCAUUAACAUUACAGAACUCCAGGCGGAGAUGGAAAAGUACAAGCCGACUGGUGAUUUGGAUAUCGUUUUUAAAAACUAUUGCAAUAAGCGCUCGAAACUACGAUCCUGCGUAACCAAUUUUACGGAUACGAUGGAACAUUGUCUGGACGAAACUGAGAAGGAAAAUAAGAAAAUAGUGCUGAACAUAACCGACUCGAUGCUCGAGUUUAUCUGCUACAAAGAAGGAGAUCGAAUCGCCCUUUUCAUAUCAGCGGGAGGACCCGAGUGUUUCCAAGAAAAACAGCAAGCGCUUCAAGAUUGUGCCAACAAGACGUUUAGCAGUUAUAUACCAAAAUCUGAUCCUACUUCUAAUGGUUUAGUAGGAUUGGAAAGUCUACCAUCACUGAAUUUUGGUAACAAAGAAUGCAGGGACAUGAACACACUCCAAUCCUGUGUGGUUGCGGAAUUGGAAAAAUGUUCAGAUCCGACGCCUGCGAACAUAAUGGAUUCUAUAUUUAAUUUUAUCAAAAGAGUGACGCCGUGCGAGAAUUUACUCAACGCACAAAGUGCUGCUGCUACUGGAACACAGUCGCCAUCCAGUGCGUCAUACACGGGCGCUCUUUCAACCAUAACGAUUCUAUCUAUUGUUUUUUCUUUUGUAGCAUAGUAAUGUUAUUCCUGUAACAAUAUAAAUAGGCUAUAGUAAAGCUCUAAGAUUAUGUGAGAAUAUGAAUAGAGAUUUAUGCAAGUUUAUAUGUAUUUUGCAAUUGGGCAAAAACUUAAUAAGGACUUAAGCCAUAAACAAUGUUAUGACUUUAAUUUUUAUUUUUUUUCUGACUGUACAAAUACUUUCCAUUUUUUUCUUUUUUUUUUAUUCUCCUAUGUAAUUGAGAUGUACAAUCAAAUUAUAUCGAAUGCUGGUUUUUAUUUUUUUAUUGAUUAAUACAUGUAGAAAGUCCAAAAAACUUUUAAAAUUUAGAUAUUCCGUUCUUUAUCAAAAACAGAUACAGUCCUUUUUUCUAAUAGUUACUUAUAUUAAGAUUUAUAUAAAAGAUAUAAAUAUAUUGCUAUAUAUUUUAUAUGUUCAUGUUUGUUAUAUAAGAAUACUUUUAUUUAUGUGAUUAUAUAUUUAUAUAUCUCUAUUUACACUUAUUACCUGCUGUUGUGCGAGUAAAACGUGUAAUAAGCGAGAUAAUCCUCAUAAAAAAAAAUAAAAAAUAUUUUACAUUAAUAUCUGAUAAACCAAAUUACUAUAGUAAGCAUUACGCUUUCGUAAAUACUUAUUUAGUAAUAUAUUUCUUUGUACAUUUUGUACAUGUUCAAUUGUCCAAAAAAAUCCUAGAUUAAUUUUUAGGUAAUUUUAUUUUUAUAAAUUCAGAUUUUAAUUACAAUUACAGCGAAAAACUGUUUUUUUAGAAAACGAUUUUGUAAGAAAAAAAAAAUCAUUUAUACAUUUUACAAACCUCAAUAAAUUGUGAUGUUAAUUCACAAAAAGCUUUUAUUAUUUUAUAUGGUGGAGGAAUGAAGCAGUAUUGUGUUUGUAAAGCGAUUUAGAAUUAACAAAUUCACAUGAUAUUUUUCAUUGGUGAUACAAAAAA